AUGGCUUCUUUGCAUAUCAGAAGAGUAAUAACUAAUCUUCUCAACUCCUCGCGCUACCCAACAUCUCACAACCCGUUUCCUAGACCCCUUUUAUCGCAUUGCCCUUUCACCUCCCACGCUGGUAACGAUUCUCACUCUCACUCUCACUCUGUAAACAUCGAUUUUUCCAACGAAGAAAGCAAAAGGCGCUUGAUCAACAGGCUAUUGUAUAGAAGCAAGCAGCGAGGGUUCCUAGAACUCGAUUUGGUGCUCGGGAAGUGGGUAGAGGACAAUAUUCACUCCUUGGAUGAAAAUCGCAUUCGAGCUCUCAUUCAUGUCCUUGACUUGGAGAAUCCAGAUUUAUGGAAGUGGAUAUCUGGGCAAGAGCAACCCCCAGAAUCAAUCAGCACAAACCCAGUCUUUACUGCAGUGCGAGAAGGAGUUGUGAAGAAUCUUGAGAUUUAUUCUGCUCCUGAAACAAGAGCAACACCUGGCCAACCAUGGGUAAGAGGCUGGGAUGAUAUCAAGAAAUUUCGUGGUGGUCCCAUUACAGGGAAUCAGUAG